AUGGCUUCCGGCGACAGGGAGCUCGAGCAGCAGCUUGAGGAAGCGGGGAACAAGCUCCUUAACCCUCCUUCUUCGGUCGAUGAACUUCUUCCCCUUCUCGACCAAGUCGAGAGUUAUCUAGCAAAGGUGGAACAGUCACCUACGGAAUCAAUGCAAAGCGCACUGGCUCCAUCACAAAAUGCAUUGAUCACAGACCAGCUUUUUCGGCAUUCAGAUGUGGAUGUUAAAGCUGCUGUAGCUUCUUGCAUCAGUGAGAUAACGAGAAUAACCGCACCGGAAGCUCCUUAUGAGGAUGACCAGAUGAAGGAUGUCUUUCACCUGAUAGUAUCUUCAUUUGACAACCUGGAUGACAAGAGUAGUCGGUCAUAUACCAAGAGAACGUCGAUACUUGAAACUGUUGCGAAGGUCAGGUCAUGUGUGGUGAUGUUGGAUCUUGACUUGGAUGCGCUGAUAUUAGAGAUGUUUCAGAAGUUCCUCAAGUCUGUAAGGGAUUACCAUCCAGAAAAUGUUGUUACUUCCAUGGAGACAAUUAUGCAUCUCGUCCUAGAAGAGAGUGAAGAUUGCCACACGAAACUGUUCUCACCACUUUUAGCUUGCGUAAAAAAGGGAAAUGAGGAAGUCUUGCCCGUUGCUCGCAAGCUGGUGGAGGGCGUUCUUGCAAAAUGUAGUUUACCUCUCAAGCAUGCCUUGUUAGCUGCUAUGAAAGCUUUACAGACCUCUUUGGAUGACUACAGUGAUGUUGUUGUUUCUAUAUGCCAAGAUGUUCCUCCCGAAGAUAUUGAUCAGGCAGAUAAUAAUAAAGUAGAAGGAAGCAAGUCAGAUAUGGCGUUGGUCAAUGAGGGUGCCAAGGCGAAUAAAGAAGUAACAGCAGGAGUUGGUCCUUCUGAAGUACCCGAUUCAGCAGGCGAUAAGUCCUCCAAGUCAGUUGUAAGCAAUGGUGUGGCAAAGACAAGGGAAGCUCAGGUCUUGGCCGAGUCAGAUUCCUUGAAAACCCAAGAGAAGGGUAAAGCCACUAGGUAUACAAAAAGUGCCAAUGCUGCCACAAAUGCUGAUGUUUCUGCUACCGAGAAGGCUGCUAAGAAAGAAAGCAGGCCGGAGCUGAGUAACAGAAAGAGGGCGAGAAAAUCUAAGUCAUCUGCAAAGUUGAUCGAGCGUUCUGAGGUUAUACACACUGCUGAUGAUAAAGAUGCUGAUAAGCUUCCCGAAGGCAAAAGUCACGCCAAGGAUGCUCCCAAUUCACCUCAUGCAGAAAAAUCUGUACCCGGUGCUGCUGCUGUGGCUUCUGAAAGUAAGCACAAGAAUGAUAUCCAGCCGUCAUCCCCAAAAGCAGCGGAUGGGGAGUCCUUGACUGCUUCUCCAUCUGUGAGUGAAAGCCCAGUAGAUGAAACCCUUGCCAAAAAGGUUGCUCGUUUAAAGAAGAAAGAGGGUUCAGUAAAGGGGCUUGUGCAAUCUACUGAUGAUGUCCAAAAAAGAGCAUCUGAAGCGACAAGUGACUCAGAAGUGAAGCCCACCAAACGUGGCAGGAAGGGACCUUCUGGAAUCUCCAACAAAGAAAAGUCGGUAAAGAUAACCGAGGCAUCAAAGAAAGAAAUUGGUGGAAGUGAAUUGGACGCAAAACUAUUGAAGCAGUCAUCUAAGGCAGAUGAAGGCAGUAAGAACGCAGAAGGGUCUUCGUCAAAGCAGUCUGAAGAUAAGAACCAACGUGUGCGUGGAAAAGCUCUCUCGGGGAAAAAUGUUGCAAAAAGUUUACCGAAUGACGAUGAGAAUGAAAAUAUUUCAUCCCUGAAGUCCGCUGUAAAACAAGUGAAAGAUGAACAUCCUGUUGAAGAGACCCCCAAGACAAGUAGCAAAAGGAAACGAGAUGUAGGGAAGUCCGCUGGAAAAGAAUUGGCAUCUGAUGCUAAAGAUUAUGGCGACGAAAUUGUUGGUAAAAGGGUGCAAGUAUGGUGGCCACAAGACCGUAAGUUUUAUAAAGGCACUGUUAAUUCUUAUGAUUCUACCAAAAAGAAGCACUUGGUUAUUUAUGAUGAUGGUGAGGAAGAAAAUUUAAAUAUGAAGAGGCAGAAGUUUGAUAUCCUGAAUAGUGAAUCUGGUGGAUCUGAUUUGGAGGAUGAGGGAGAAGCAGCCAAACCUUCAAGUCCUGAUGCCUCAUCUGAGAUCCCGGCAAAGAAGAAGGCAAAAACUGAGCAGUCGGCUAAAAAAGAAAAGAUGGAUGCUUCCCCUAAAAGGGGUGGUGGAGCUUCUAGCAAAUCCAAGAGUUCAGCAGCUCGUGGGAAACCUGGGCGAAAACCGAAGGAAGUCAAUCAAACUGAUGUGGAAGAUCCCAAGUCUUCCAUGAAGACAGAGGACGAUAGUGGUACCAAAAACAAGGAGCCUACCCUCGAGAGUGGAGGUAAAUCAGGUGAUGUUGCAUCUUCCAAAACUCCUGGAAAAUCCAAGACCACUGAUGACUCUGUGGCAGCAACUAAAGCUACCACUAGCACCAAGUCGAAAGAUGAUGGUGGCGCUAGCUCUUCUGCAAAAUUGUCGAAAGCCAAACAAUCAACCAAGAAGACUGCCGGCGGGAGAUCGUCCUCCAGUGCAAAGGGUAAAGGCAUCAAGGGCGGUGCGAAGUCCAAAGCUAAUGGUACAGGGAAGCCCAAAACUGGUUCCACCAAGGCAAAAGACACCGAGGUGGAAGACAGCACUGAUGACGAGUCGGGCAAAGAAGAGGAGAUUAUCAAGGAAAAUCCGACAUCAAAGGGGCAAGCCAGUGAAGCAAAGAGCGGCAAGAAGCGGCCGAGGGAGGCCAAACUCGAGUAG